UUAUUUGGGAAGAAAUUAUUAUGUGGUUUUUGAAGGGAGAAAACAAAAACAAAUUUGAGUUCCCACCGAACAAACCAUAAAGCACAGAAUUACAUAAAAACCCCUCCCCUUUUUGCUCAUUCUCAACUCUCAAAUCUGCAAUAGUAUAUCUCUCUGAUUCUUCAAAUAUUCCAAAACCAAAUUUCCAAAAUUUAUUUUUCUUAAUUUCAUCUGCUUUCUUCUUUCGAAAUCUCACUCCCUUUCCUUCCAUGGAGAACACUCACAACGCCAAAUUGGGUUCCGCCGGUGGCGGUGGAGUCAAGCCCAACACCGAUACUGUUGUCGCCGGUGACCUUGUCGAAAACCCUAAUCUCAAUCGCUCAGAUGAUCCACAACAAGAAGAGCCCGCCGCCGCUGGAUCGCUGGAGACAGCCCAGUCUCCUCCAGCUCCUGCUCGCUCUUCUUCCAGAACACCUUUUACUAAUCUCAGCCAGGUCGAUGCUGACCUCGCCCUAGCUCGAACUCUCCAAGAACAGGAAAGGGCAUAUAUGAUGCUACGAAUGACCACAGAAGGAAGUGAUUAUGGAAGUUGGGAAGCUGGAAGCUACUUACACGACGAUGAAGAUGAUGACUACAAUGAUUUUCAUGAUGAUACUGAUGUUGAUGAUGAAGAUGAAGAACAUGAGGGAACUGAUGCUGAGGAUGAAGAAGAUGCAUUUGAUGUGCAUGCCCAUGCCCAUGAUCAUGAUAUUGCUGAUGGUGGAGAGGACAAUCAACCCAGUGUUGAAUUUGACCCUGCUGUCUUUUCGAGUGAUGAAGCUUAUGCAAGAGCCCUACAAGAUGCUGAAGAUAGGGAAAUGGCUGCUAGAUUGUUAGCCCUUGCUGGAAUAAAUGACCGUGAAGAUGAGGACUCGGAGCCAGAAGAGCAUGGAGGCAACUCUCAGGAUGCAUGGGAGGAGGUUGAUCCAGAUGAACUUUCCUAUGAGGAAUUGCUUGCAUUGGGGGAAGUAGUUGGAACUGAGAGCAGAGGGCUUUCAGCUGAUACAAUUGCCAACUUGCCUACAGUAAAAUACAAGACAGGAGGAACUCAGAAUGGCAGCAAUGAUUCGUGUGUCAUUUGUCGGUUUGACUAUGAGGAUGAAGAGACCUUGACAUUACUCUCUUGUAGACAUUCCUACCAUCCCGAGUGUAUAAACAACUGGUUGAACAUCAACAAGGUCUGUCCUGUUUGCAGUGUUGAGGUUUCUACUUCUGAAAACAGCAGCAGCUAGUAGGGUAUUCAAGCAUUUUAUUGGACAAGUGAUAGGCCAUUUUUUUUAACCUACCCUAUUGUGGUAUUGAAAGCUGGGGGUCAUAUCCUUGUUGUUCUAUUAUGCUGGUAAUUUAUAUUGUUUGCCCAAAUUGAAAGGACCGAUCCAGGAUGUAAAAUUCAACUGUUGAAAAUUAGAUAAGUGUUGAUUUUGGAUGUCUUUUUUUUAGUCGAAUGAAAAGCAUUCUGGAUUAUAUUCUA